AUGGCUUUUUUGAGAAGUUUCUUGGGUGCAAAGCAAAUUAUGAGAAGGGAAUCAUCGUCUUCGACACCAAGAGGAUUCAUGGCGGUUUAUGUUGGAGAGAAUGAUCAGAAGAAGAAGAGAUAUGUUGUGCCGGUUUCAUACUUAAACCAGCCUUUGUUUCAAGAACUGUUGAGUAAAUCUGAGGAAGAGUUUGGGUUUGAUCAUCCUAUGGGUGGCUUAACCAUACCAUGUCAUGAAUCUUUGUUCUUCACAGUCACAUCUCAGAUUCGAUGA